CAGAGUGACCCACAGGGAAGUGAGAGUGCUCAGGGGGAAACAGUAGGUCGUGGAAUGCUGUGCUGCUCUCCAUGAGCUGGUCACCGAGACUGUCUCCUGCAGCCCUUUCUGAGCCUUCAGCUGUCAGGAAUCUCUGCUGCGCUCCUUGCCACGAUGAAGUGCGUCUUGGUGGCCACAGAGGGCGCGGAGGUCCUCUUCUACUGGACAGAUGUGGAGUUUGAAGAGAGUCUGCGCCUGAAGUUUGGACAGACGGAGAAUGAGGGAGAAAAGCCUCCCGCCCUGGAGGACCAGCUUAGCACCCUCCUGGCCCCGGUCAUCAUCUCCUCUAUGACCAUGCUGGAGAAGCUCUCGGACACAUACACCUGCUUCUCGACAGAAAAUGGCAACUACCUGUAUGUCCUUCACCUGUUUGGAGAAUGCCUAUUCAUCGCCAUCAACGGAGACCGCACAGAGGGCGAAGGGGACCUGCGGCAGAAGCUGUGCGUGCUCAAGUACCUGUUCGAGGUGCACUUCGGGCUGGUGACUGUGGAUGGACAGCUCAUUCGAAAGGAGCUUCGGCCCCCGGACUUGGAGCAGCGUGUGCAGGUGUGGGAGCGCUUCCAGAGCCUGCUGUGGACCUACAGCCGCCUGCGGGACCAAGAGCAGUGCUUCGCCGUAGAGGCUGUGGAGCGGCUGAUCCACCCUCAGCUCUGUGAGCUGUGCAUCGAGGCACUGGAGCGGCACGUCAUCCACGCCGUCAACUCCAGCCCCGGGCGGGCUGGCGAGGAGGCCCUGCACGCCUUCCUGCUUGUGCACUCCAAGUUGCUGGCUUUCUACUCCAGCCACAGCGCCAGCUCCCUGCGCCCAGCCGACCUCCUGGCCCUCAUCCUCCUGGUGCAGGAUCUCUACCCCAGCGAGAGCACGGCUGAGGACAGCGACCCCCAGCUUUCCCCACGGAGGCCCCACCGCAGCCAGAGCAUCCCCGUGCAGCAGGUCUGGAGCUCUUGUUCUGCAGACCCAACCAGGAAUUCUGCGGGGACCGAGACAGACAGCUUCUCCCCUACUGACGAGUACUUCACACCAGCUCCUUCCCCUGGGGAGCAGAGUUCAGGUAGCACCAUCUGGCUGGAUGGGGGCACCCCACCUACUGACUCUCCCCACAUCCAGAUGGCUGAAGACACCCUCCAGAUGCUGAUCCCUCACUCCCCAGGACCCUCUGGCCCCAGAAGGAUUUUCCUGGAUGCCAGCGUGAAAGACAGCUACUGCCCCCUGGUGCCCCAUACCAUGUACUGCCUGCCCCUGUGGCCGGGCAUCAGCAUGGUGCUCCUGACCAAGUGCCCCAGCACGGCCCUGGCCCUGGCCCUGUACCAGCUGCUGGAUGGGUUUUCUCAACUGGAGAAGAAGCUGAAGGAGGGGCAAGAGGCUGGGAGCUCCUUGCGGUCCCACCCCAUCGUGGCGGACCUCCGCCAGAGGAUGGACAAGUUUGUCAAGAGUCGAAGUGGGCAAGAACUUCAGAGAACCUGGCAGGAGUUCAAGACCAAGGCCUUCUCCAAAAGUGAGCCCGGCUCAUCCUGGGAGCUGCUCCAGGCGUGCAGGAAGGUGAAGCGGCAGCUAUGCGCCGUCUAUCGGUUCAGCUUCCUGACCGUGGCCCCAGGCCGGGGGGGCCCCCACCUGCCCCAGCACCUGCAGGACCAAGUCCAGACACUCAUGCAAGAACAGCUGGCGGACUGGAAGGACUUCCUGCUGGUGAAGAGCAGGAGGAACGUCACCAUGGUGUCCUUCCUGGAAGACUUCCCAGGCCUGGUGCAUUUCAUCUACGUGGACCGCACCACUGGUCAGAUGGUGGCCCCUUCCCUCAGCAGCAGUGAAAGGACUUCAUCGGAGCUGGGCCGGGGGCCCCUGGCCACCUUCGUCAAAACCAAGGUCUGGUCUCUCAUCCGGCUGGCGCGCAGAUACCUGCAGAAGGGCUACACCACACUGCUGUUCCGCGAGGGGGACUUCUGCUGCUCCUAUUUCCUGUGGUUCGAGAAUGACAUGGGCCACAAACUCCAGAUCAUGGAGGUGCCUGUGCUGUCUGAUGACUCAGCUCCCAUCGGCAUGCUGGGAGGAGACUACUACAGGAAGCUCCUGCGGUAUUACAGCAAGGGCCACCCGGCUGAGGCUGUCAGGUGCCACGAGCUGCUGGCCCUCCACCUGUCGGUCGUGCCCACAGACAUGCUGGUGCAGCAGGCUGGCGAGCUGGCCCGGCGCCUGGGCGAGGCCUCCCGCCUUCCCCUGCUCUAGGACUAGGAGGGCGGCCCCAUGCAUCGGCCUCUGCCCCCGGUUCUCCAGGCCUGCCUGGCUCACAGACAUCACCACGGCCAAGAGCCUCCUCCUGUCCACAGCGGCCCUGGGGAUGGCACUGUCUCCAGGGCAGCUCCAGAAUUUCUUAAAGAAAUUCACUCAGAGCCACCUCCAUUGUGGGUAACAAGCAAACCCCAAACCCUUCCUUCUGGAAAAAGAAGAAGGCCAGUUUCCUUAGCUAGAGCAGCUGUGGAUGUGAGCUUAGACCCAGGGCCACCCCACUUUGGGAACCGCCUCUCCGUUUACCCCAGGAGACCGACAGGAAGUGCCCAGCUCUUCUUGGAGUGGGGAGAGCGCCUCAGGAAGCCCGUCUCCUCCCGCGUGAAAGGUGCUCCCCUAGCUGGGUUGAGCCCUGGCUCUGCCGUGUCCUCGCCGUGGCUCUGGACACUGUGGCUCUGGACAGUGGCUUUCUCCCCCACCUCUGAGCCUAUCUCCCCGCAGUCAGUGUGACUGCGCCCCCGUCAGGACAGUCGUGGGGCUGCAGGACGGCAGCAGGCACGCAAUAAAUUCUGGUC